GCCCUUCCGCCAAAACCCUAGCUAUAUAAUCUUAUCAUUCCUUCUUUCUUCAUAAACCCUAGAAGCAGCACUAAAGGUCCGCCAUUCGGAGGCUCACUUUGCUUAAAAUCUCCACAAGAAGAGAAAAUGAAGGUUAUCGCCGCUUACUUGUUGGCCGUCUUGGGUGGCAACACCUCCCCUUCAGAGAAGGAUUUGAAGAAAAUCCUUGCAUCUGUUGGAGCUGAGGCUGAUGAUGAUAGGAUUCAACUACUACUCUCUCAAGUUGAGGGCAAAGAUAUCACUGAGUUGAUCGCUGCCGGCAGAGAAAAGUUGGCUUCAGUACCUGCCGGUGGAGGUGCUGCUUGUGCAGUUGCUGCACCUGGUGGUGGCGGUGCUGCUGCACCUGCUGCUGAGGAGAAGAAGGAAGAAAAGAAAGUGGAAGAAAAAGAAGAGUCAGACGAUGACAUGGGUUUCAGUCUUUUCGAUUAGAAGUCGAAGAAAUCAGUUUAUGAAGUAUCCCCUUUUCCAUUUGUUGUUCCCCUUGAGAGUGUAUUUUUAGGAGGUUUAUUGUCUACUUACAGAUUUUGCUUGAACUUAGAAUUUUCAUGGAAAACAUUGGCAAACAGUUGAAAUUAUAAUAUGUAUUUCAAAUGUUCAGCUUGGUUCAAUAUAUCUAUCCUUUUCGAUCUUACAA